CGCACCACUAGCUAGCCAUCUACUUCACAAACUUCUCUCUCUGCUUCCUCCCUAACUAGCUCACUCAGUUUUCUCCCCGACUCUGACAAAACAUAAAAAUGGUACAAUCAAAGAAGUUCCGAGGGGUCAGGCAACGCCACUGGGGCUCUUGGGUAUCUGAGAUUCGUCAUCCAUUACUGAAAAGGAGGAUGUGGCUUGGGACAUUUGAGAGUGCAGAAGAGGCAGCACGAGCCUACGACGAGGCUGCGAUUCUGAUGAGUGGUCGAAAUGCCAAAACAAACUUUCCGGUCACCACAAAUGAAAUUGCAGCUGCUAAUAAUAAAAAUUCUAUUAACAACAAGAGCAACUCCAGCAGUACUACUACUACUUCACCUUCUGCAACCCUCAGCGCCAAGCUUCGCAAGUGUUGCUCUGCUUCCCUCACUUGCCUCAGGCUCGACGCCGAGAAUUCCCACAUCGGAGUUUGGCAAAAGCGCGCUGGGCCACGCUCAGAUUCGAAUUGGCUGAUGAUGGUGGAGCUGGGACGGAAGAGUGGUUUAGAAGCGGAGAAGGUGGAGAGUACUAUCGUCCCUCAAGUGUCCGCUGGACAUGAAACGCAAGGAUUGAACGAGGAGAAAAGGAUUGCAUUGCAGAUGAUAGAGGAACUUCUGAGUAGAAAUUAAUCGCUUGGUAUUUUAUUCUUUGGGGUUCCGGGUUCCGAUCGAUGAUAGGUAUGAAGGUAACUCCUAGCUAGUCGAGUAUCAACAUCACAUGGAGGUUGUUCAUACUUCAUACCACCAAAUUGUCCGAGGAAUUUCCAUGUGCUUAGUCUUAUCAAUUAAUGCAUUUUCUAAAUUUGUUUGGUUGAAGUUAAGGAUUUGUUUCUUUGUGUUGACGAUCAA